GAAAACGAUGUGGUUGUUGUUCUUAACACAGAAUAAAAUAACGGACGGAUGCGGGUUAUUGUACACAGAAGGCUUAACGAACCAUAAUUCCAGGCGGCUAACAACCACUCCUUUGUAUACAUCACAAAAACAAUCGCGCACAUUAAUUGGCUGUUCCGAACACUCCUGUCCCUUGUGGGCGAUUAAGGUUGCUCAUAAUCAAUCCUUAAUCAAGCCAUCAUUUCAGUCAAGCGCAGAGCAUGAAGGUCAGUUACAAAGACAAUGUGCUACCACCAUUUGGUUGUGUCUUUGACGGUUACGACCAUACUGGAACCUUCUUGUAACCCAAGAACCGAUGAUUACACUUCAAAGAGUUAAUGACUGCUAUUCCGAAUGAGGGAACCUGCGCUAAAUUCGUCCAGAGAUCGGAGACGAAAUGGAUCACGUGAAUCAACAUCGAACCCCCAGCGAAGCAGAAGAAGUGGCGCAUCUGCGCUUGCGUCGAACGWGAAAUUGCGGAAAGUCCAGACCGAAGCAACAGUGUCCGAUGUAAAGAUGGCGCUCACUUGCAAAGUACAAUACCUGGAUGACACAGACCCUUUCGCCAGCACAAAUUUCCCAGAGCCAACUCGGCCACCAACGUAUACUUUCCACUUAAAUAUUCCGCUAUGCCAGCAAGUAGAUGGAUUACAUCGACUGUUAUGCGCACCGCACGCAAUCGACGAUGUGGCACUUCAACUAUCGCAUAAUGGAUGCUAUUUGGAACUGGAAAAUACUCUAGAGGAACAAGCAGAUUUAUUAGAAGGCUUUCUCGAUAGCCGCAAAAACACAAUAAUAUUACGAACGUCGCUGUCUGUUCGUGUGCAUAAUUGUAUAGCCAAAUUACUUGCAGCUUCUGGACGAGAAUUACGAAGAGCACUUUUUUCGCUGAAACAAAUUUUCCAGGAUGAUAAAGAUCUUGUUCACGAGUUUGUCAACUCAGAUGGACUYAAUGCACUUAUUACAGUCGGACAAGAUGCCGACCAGAAUUACCAAAAUUAUAUUCUUAGAGCUAUUGGUCAAAUUAUGCUGUAUGUGGAUGGUAUGAAUGGAGUCAUCAAUCACAAUGARACCUUACAGUGGUUGUACUCCCUCACCGCAUCAAAGUUUCGUCUGGUGGCCAAAACGGCUCUCAAGCUUCUUCUUGUGUUUGUGGAAUACACAGAAAAUAACUCAAAGUUGCUGUACGAAGCGGUYCAGGUUGAUGAUGACGCACAAGGUGUAGGAUGGUGGUCAGAGAUUGUUGGUAUUUUAUCCGAAAAGGAUUCGUUAGGAGACGAGGAAAUCUUAAUCUACGCCAUAACCCUAAUAAAUAAAGUAUUAUACGCAACUCCAGACCAAGAUACCUUCUAUGAUAUUAUCGAUGCAUUGGAAGAGCAGAAUAUGGGCAAUAUUGUAAAGAUGCAUCAAGAUCGAAAAGGCACRAAUAUUGAUUUUUUAGAGCAACUUAAUAUAUAUGAGAUGUCCAUUAGAAUUGAAGAUGGAGAUGAGGAUUUACCACCAUUCACGAGUUCACCAUCAAUCAGGCAAAGACGACGGACAUCUGCUCUCGAUAUUAGUACAGGUGGUCGCCGAAAAAGUCGACGUCACAAUUCCGUCAGUAAAUUAGACAUUACAAGUCGAGAUGACUUCCUGCCACGUGGACGAUUACCCACAAUGCCGGACAGUAGAAUGGUCAAGGUGUCGAGUGCACCGGAUGUGACGUCACCGUACACCGAGCAGCGUCCUCCCUCCCCUGUCAGGUCUUUAGGAAGCUCRUCACCGUCAUCAUCGACUCAGGAGAUCGACGAAAUUGACGAGAAGGAACGCAGCAGGCAAGCAAGAAGGGAGAGAAGGGCUGCAAGACGUGCCGCGUUGGGUUUCCCACCAGAACGUGAAAGUGCAUCAACACCAUCUUUAAACAUCAAUAACUAUUCGACACAGAACGACAUAAGAAACAACAAUUACACAUAUCACAAUGAAAACAGUGAACGCAAGAAACCAGGWCAUUUGGAUAUACCUAGUACGCAGUCUUCUACAGAUGCACCUCUGUCCCCGAUCCGGUCUCCCCGAGCAUCACCGAGAGCCUCRCCAAGAGCAUCGCCGCGGGCUUCUCCUAAUGCRUCUCCACAGUUCAACAGAAGAAGAAAUAAAUUUAACCAACCCGAAGAAAAAGCUGCUCCUUCAAAACCAACUUACAGCUCAUGGGAAGAAAGAAGAAAAGCAAGAGAAGACGCGCGAAGAAACGAACACCGAACGACAGAUGUUCGAGAACACGAACAUCGUACGAAAGAUAACCGAGAACCCGAACAUCGUACGACCGAUAGUCGAGGRCUCUCUCCAAAUAAAGUAGAAAAUAAUACAGAAACUCUAAAUGCAUCCAAAUUGCGGUCUGACGAAUCUUCUUCCGAUGAAGUUAACCGUAUAAAUGCUCAAAAUGAAGCGUACAAUCGCGRGAGUACAGAAAUUGUUGAAAGCACGAAAGAGAGUAGUGCCAGUGAAAAAGAUGAACCUAAGAUUACAAUGCGAAGACCAAAACUUCGCGAUAUCGGGCGAUCUCCAAGUGACAAUUGCGGGAUUCGUUCUCCUCCGUUAGAUCGACGAGAUAGCGCGGAGAAAAGGUCGAGUAUUUGCGACGGUUAUAAUAAAAAGAUGAUGCUUUCUAUGCUUUACGGGCAGCAAUCGACGGACGAUUUAUUCGCGAAAAAAUCCGAAACAUCCCCGAUAGGGGAGUCGGUUCACGAUCGUCGGACUCGUCUGCUUAGUUCGGGAGAUCAAGAGAAUAAUACGGAGAAUGCUGUGGAUACAGGGAUCGCAGGAAACACGGUGCAGGACACCAUUAAAAAACUUGAUGCGGUCGAAGAAGAAUCGAAAGAAUCCAAUUCACCUGAAGGGGACUUUGAAGGAUUGAUUCAGCAAGCAAAAAGGAAUCUUCUACACGAAAACAAAGAAGAAGAAGACGAUGAAGCUACUCGCAUAGAAAAGGAAAGACUCGCUGAAGAAGAGAGAAAACGAAAAGAAGAAGAGGAAGAGAUUGCACGGCGCGCGGCCGAGGAAGCUGCUCGACUCCAGGAACUUGAAUGGGAACGAAUGAUAACUUUAAAGCGAUCUCUUAUUAUAAAAGACUUUGAUUUUACCGACCUCGGCGAAGAAGACGACUUAGAUAUAUUUGAAACAAACGACAAACACGACGAAACAGACGCAAGACCACCUUUAUCGUACAUUGGAGGACCACCCCCUCCACCUGGAAUUAUGUGUCCUCCUCCACCUCCGCCAGGGAUAAUGCCUCCACCACCACCCCCUGGUCCCCCAGGGCCUCCGCCAGCUGGUUUUGGCACAAUGAAAGGCACCAACAAGAAGCUUGUGCGGUURUUUUGGCAAGAAGUUAAGAACUCUCCGCUUAUUAAUGGAGUGAAUAAGACAAUAUGGGGGAAUAUAGAUAAAGUGGACAUAGACACGAAAAAACUAGAACAUCUAUUUGAAAAUAAAUCAAGCGCCAAACUAAAGGUAAGGGACAAGUUCUACUUUGCAUAGUCCCCUGCAACRUACUGUUCUCGAAAGGCUCGUCUA